AUGGCCGACAGGCAUUUAUUUUCACAUCAAGAUAAAGACAAUCAAAGUGUGAGAGCUGCCUCUCAUUCUUCAAUCACUGACCAUUACAAUCCUUGGGUUGAUGAAACAGAAGAAAUAAGCAAGCGUUAUAAUUACCCCUGGGAAAGAGAGCCUACUACCAUGCGUGCAACGAAUUUUUCGAACCUUAAUGGCAGUCAAACCCAAAACAUAACCGCAAAGGACCCUUUGGCUCCGAUCUCGAACGGCACAGAGUUCGCAGAAGGAUUUGAUCGACUUGCUAUCAUUCAACUCAUGUGCUUUCCCAUCAUUUCGUUUGCAGGCCUGAUAGGAAACGUGUUAAUAUGCUUUGCUGUUUUCAAAAGAAGGCGUCUUCGUAUCACCGAUGUUUUCAUUCUUAACUUAGCUGCCACUGAUUUGGGUACGUGCGUAGUCAGCGUACCUUUUGACUUUAUUGAGAUUCUAGCCAAGCAAUGGCCAUUUGGAACCGUCCUCUGCAAAACCGUGUACCCAUUACAAACUAUCCUAAUGGCGGUGUCUGUUUAUACCUUGCUCUUCAUGAGCUGGGAGAGGCAUCGCUCUGUGAUGCCUCCGUUAAAACCAAAACUGAAGGCCAAGCGUGCGUUUGCAAUCAUUCUCAUGCUGUGGAUCGCGUGUGUUAGUCUGGUUGGACCUUUCAUAGCCAUCCUCAGGGUCGAGAUUGAGGACGGAAAAGCAAAGUGCACGGAGAAGUGGCCGGGAGAAUACCACCCCAAAGUGUUUACCCUUGCAGUUUUCAUAGUGUUGUAUGUGCUUCCGUUGUUCGUGAUCACUGCGAGCUACAUCAAGAUCAGUCAGAAACUCUUAAGGGACAUACAAAGAAUGAGAAAGGCAAUUGGCGGCGACAAAAAGGGCAACGUCAAAAAGCCAUUGACUCAAGCGAGGGCCCACAGAAAUAUGAGGAUUGUCAAGAUUUUUGUGAUUGUUGUGAUCGUGUUUUCUCUGUGUAUGCUCCCUAAUCACGUUAUGUGGAUAUGGCAUGACUUUGGAUCAGGACAAUAUUAUCAGUACUUUGAUACUAUCAUUGUUUUUUGCUAUAUUUUGGUGUACUCCAAUUCCGCGAUCAAUCCUUUUAUCUUCGUAUUUCUUCACCGGCGUUAUUGCAAAGACAUUUUCCGUAAUCCCUGUGACGGGUUUAAAGCACUCGUUUCAUGCGUCAGGAUUGCGGAACGAGAAGAAAAUAGCGAUAAAACCCGCAAACAGACCAAACCUUACCGGGAAAAAACGCGCCGCAAAAAGAAACGGGCACCAAAUACAAAACAAGGUGGUUUUUCACCACAUAAACAUUACACGAUGAGAAGAGAGUUCUGGAACAAUUACUGGCGCCAGGAAUUAAUUCCAAAGUUCGAAGCGAGAAACUUCGACCGCGCGCUUUGUUCCGAAAAUGCACCCAAAAUGUUUCACCUUAUUGAAGAACACGAAAAGGAUAUCGAUCAGAAGAAUGAUGAUCGUGUUAAUGUUUUGCCGCAGGCCACGAGAAAAGUGAGAGUUAACUUUGGUGAAGUCGUUCACAUCGCGGAUGAACGGUUAAUUUUGCAAGGUGAGAGAGAAUCGGUUAUGUGA